CGUUGCCCCUACCUUUCCCGCCUCGGGCCUAUAAAUACCCGUCGGAGCUCGCCCCUUCUCUUUUUGAGAAUUCUCCUCUCCGCUAUUCUCCGCCCUCGCGGGCCCUUAUCGUUAACGAGCGAAGCCGCGCAAAACCCUAAUUCGUGUAACCCUAAUGGCGCAGGAGAUCCCCGAUCAAACCCUAGAAAUCCCCGAGGACCCGAUCGCGUCCCCCGGCCCCGAUCCCGCCGAGCCCGCGCUCGCGCGGAGCGGAUCCGCCAGCCGACUCAACGCCCGGGCGCCGGAGUUCGUCCCGCGCGCCGCGGCGGUGAUCCACGUGUUCCCGGCGGCGCCGCCGAGCCCGACGUUCUUCGCCUCCGGUGCGGUCCCGGGAGCUUUCGAGUAUUAUGGGGUCGGAGGCGCAGGCUUUGGGGAGCACGAGGUGGUUCAGGGGCCGGUUGAUCCAGAUCCGGCGCCGGCGCCGCCGACGGUGCCGGCCAAGGAGGGUCUUUCGGAUGAGGUUGUUCAGAAGAUCACCAAGCAGGUGGAAUAUUAUUUCAGUGAUGCAAACCUGGCAACUACUGAACACUUGAUGAGGUUUAUUACUAAAGAUUCAGAGGGAUUCGUACCAAUAUCAGUUAUCGCUGCUUUUAAGAAAAUCAAAGCUUUAGUCCACAACAAUUCCUUGCUUGCUAAUGCUCUCCGGACAUCCUCGAAACUUGUUGUUAGCGAUGAUGGGAAAAAAGUCCGGCGUCAGCAGCCCUUUACAGAAGCAGAUGUGGAAGAACUCCAGUCACGCAUUGUUGUUGCUGAGAAUCUACCAGAGGAUCAUUGUUACCAGAACCUUAUGAAGGUUUUCUCUGCUGUUGGCAGUGUCAAGACAAUACGUACCUGCUAUCCUCAGACUCCCAAUGGUACUGCUCCUGUAACUAACAGGUCUGCCAAACUGGAUAUGCUUUUCGCCAACAAGCUGCAUGCGUUUGUGGAGUACGAGACUAUUGAUGAUGCCGAGAAAGCAGUUGCUGAGCUAAAUGAUGAGAGGAACUGGAGAAGUGGGCUCAGAGUUCGUUUACUGAACAGAUGCAUGACAAAGCAAGGGGUAGGGCGAGGACGAAAGGGAGGGCAUGAAGGUGAUGGGAAUGGAGAGGAGGAGGAUGUCUCCACAUCAGACCACCCACAUGAGAAGCAUCUGGAAGAUAACUCUCAACUAUCUGAACCAAUGCAUGAGCAUGUGGCAGAGGAGAGCUUCAAUGAGAAGGAAACCGGCAUAAGGCGAGGGAAAGGCCGUGGCCGCGGGAGGGGACGAGGGCGUGGCCACCACAAUAACCGCAAUGGAGGGAACCACCAUGUUGGCACUCCGCCCUCUAGCCACCCGAUUCACAACGAGCCACCAGCUGGUGCAAAUAAACAGCCUCCCGGACCUCGGAUGCCAGAUGGGACAAGAGGAUUCACGAUGGGCAGGGGAAAGCUGCUGACAUCAACCAGCACCACUUGAAGAAGAUUUCGCAAUAUUUAAUAUUUGUAUGCCGCUUAUCAUGUUUGGUGUGCUGUUGAUAGAGUGAUUUUAAUAUGCGUUGCUUGUCACUGGUUCGCGUCCGUCCAGAAAUGUGUUAUCUUAUAUUUUGGGGAUUAGAGACUGUGUGUGUGCUGUUCAAUGUGUGCUUAUACUUUGGCCCUUUGAGGAGCAUUUUGGUUUCUCUUUUUUUCAGACUUUAUUUCCUUCUUCUUC